AUGGGGGACCUGCGCAUGCUGAAGCUGGCCGUGCUUGUAGGCUGUGCCACCUUCAGCGCCUCUGCCUGGUCAGUGAAUAAUUUCCUGCUGACAGGUCCUAAGGCCUACCUGACCUACACAACCAGCGUGGCCUUGGGAGCCCAGAGUGGCAUCGAGGAGUGUAAAUUCCAGUUUGCUUGGGAACGCUGGAACUGCCCUGAGAACGCCCUCCAGAUCUCCACCCACAACAGACUGAGGAGCGCCACCAGAGAGACUUCCUUCAUUCAUGCUAUCAGCUCUGCCGGAGUCAUGUAUACCAUCACCAAGAACUGUAGUAUGGGCGACUUUGAAAAUUGUGGCUGUGAUGAGUCAAAAAAAGGAAAAACAGGAGGCCAUGGCUGGAUCUGGGGAGGCUGCAGCGACAAUGUGGAAUUUGGGGAAAGGAUCUCCAAACUCUUUGUGGACAGUUUGGAGAAGGGGAAGGAUGCCAGAGCCCUGAUGAAUCUUCACAACAACAGGGCCGGCAGGCUGGCAGUGAGAGCCACUAUGAGAAGGACCUGCAAAUGUCACGGCAUCUCAGGGAGCUGCAGCAUCCAGACAUGCUGGCUGCAGCUGGCUGACUUCCGGGAAAUGGGAGGCUACCUAAAGGCCAAGUAUGACCGGGCGCUGAAAAUUGACAUGGACAAGCAGCACAUAAGGGCUGGCAACAGUGCUGAGGGCCGCUGGGCUCCAACUGAAGCCUUCCUGCCUAGUGCUGAGGCAGAGCUGAUAUUUCUCGAGGAAUCUCCAGACUACUGUACCCGCAACUCCAGCCUGGGCAUCCAUGGCACAGAGGGUCGAGAGUGCCUGCAGCACAGCCGCAAUGCAUCCCAGAGGGAGCAGCACAGCUGUGGGCGCCUGUGCACCGAGUGCGGGCUGCAGGUGGAAGAGAGGAGAACUCAGGCCGUGCGCAGUUGUAAUUGUAAAUUUCACUGGUGCUGCACAGUCAAAUGUGACCAAUGCAGGCAUGUGGUGACCAAGUACUACUGUGUGCAUUCCCUAGGUGGCUCCCAGGCCCAGGACAGCAGCAGCACCUGA